CAGUAGUUUGAUGCGUCUGCAGUGCAGAAUGAAGCUCCGGGUGAGAAUCAACAAACAGACCAGCAAAGUGGAGCUGGACGGACCAGAACCGACUUUAUCCGAGCUCAGCGACCGGGUCAGAGACACCCUGCUGCCGGAAUGUGGCCUUGACUCUGACGUGGAGUUUAAUCUUUCUCUGAAUGGAAAAGAGGUACUGCUGGACACCGGACAGACUCUCUCCUCCUGUGGGGUUGUUGCUGGUGACAUGAUCAGUGUGAUUUUACCCCAGAGCAGCUUGCAGCUAAAACAAACACCGAACAGCACUAGAGCCACUGAGCAGAGACAACGCCUGGCCCACACGCACGGAUCCAGUGAGGAGGCGGGUCCCAGCUGCAGUGAGAGUGAUGCUGUCAUGGAGGAGGACGAGGAGGAGGCCGGAGUCUUCGCUCCUCCACCGCUGCUGUGCUGCGAGACCAGUUCUGGUCUGAUUCCUCACGCUCUGGAGCGGCUACUUGACUCUGCGAGCUGUCAGAACCCGUCGGACUGUCUGAUGCUUGCCGCGCACCUGAUGCUGCUGGAGACCGGCUUCCUGACGCAGGGUCCUAAGGUGACCUCGGGUGAGAUGCCGAUUGGCUGGCGGGCAGAAGGGGGCGUUUACAAACUUCAGUAUGCCCACUCACUCCUCGAGAACAGUCUGGUAUCAGUGGUCACUGUUCCGAUGGGCCAAUCACUCGUCAUUAAUGCCGUCCUCAAGAUGGACAAGAGUUUGGAGAGUUCUAGAAAACUGGUGCUGAAGCCAGAUGCCUACGUGACACCUGAUUGGGCAGGUGGCACAGACGUCGUUUACAGAGACUUACGGAAACUCUCACGCCUCUUUAAAGAUCAGCUGGUGUAUCCGCUCAUGGCCGCCGCCAGACAAGCACUGGGAUUGCCUGCUCUGUUCGGUCUGCCAGUUCUUCCUCCUGAGCUGCUGUUACGUGUGUUACGACUGCUGGACGCCGACUCGCUCAUCUCACUGUCAGCUGUGUGCCGAGACCUGAACGCCGCUACCCACGAUCCCUCAAUCUGGAGACACCUGCUGCACAGAGACUUCAGGGUGUGUUUUGCUGGCGGCGCUCUGCCCAGAGACACAGACUGGAGAGACCUUUACAAGAAGAAAUAUAAACAGAGGAAGCAGAAUGAGCGUAUGAGCAGAUGCAGGUUUUACCCCCCUCACGUGCCUCCAAUUUAUCCUCUUACCCCCAUCCCACACGCCCCUCUCCCCCUCUACCCUCCCGGCAUCAUUGGAGGAGAUUACGACCAAACCCCCGUGGUUCUGCCCCGCCCACGCUUCGACCCCAUUGGCGCUGUCCCCGCUCAUCUCCCAGGUGUGGGCGUUCCCAAUAACUGGCGGUCUGUGAGGCCCGGAGGAAACCGGCCAGCAGACAUCAGGAGGGGGUUCAUUUAAACGUCAGCACUUUAAAUACUCCAACAUGAACUUGCAGAUGAUAUUAUCAAUGUUCUUGUGCUCCCUUCAUUAAAGCAGUCGCACACUGGAACGGGUCAUUUGUUUUAUUGAUACUCAUAACUGAAUUGCAAAAAUAAAAAAACAGCUUUCUGAAUACGCACCGCCACCUCAGUCUGUUGUUGAUCAUAAUUAAAGAUAGUCCCGCCCCCGACUCACGGCAUCAGUCGGAUCAAUGCUGUUGUGUCGGGCUGGGGGGUCACGCAAAACAAACUUUUAUAGCCCCGCAGAGACACUGUUUACAAAAAGUUACACAGUCGAUAUUCACUAAAAGUGUUGCUCUCAAAUUAAAUUUGGAAGUGGGGAAGAUUUUCAGUGAAUACCGACUUAAAUUCCUGUCUGUUUCACACACAGAGGUUCUGUAUGACUUAAUAUGAAUAUUAAUAUGUCUUUAACUAUACAUUACAAAUUAGAACAAGAUGUUGAAGCACAAAAAGAAAACAUUAAAUAAAAAGUGCAGGAUUAUUUUUAGCUGGACUUUGUUUUAUUUCUUCAUAGAGACGCUUAAAGGGACAGUUCACCAAAAAGUGAAAAUGCUCUCAUUUAUUCGCCCUCAUGCUAUCCCAGAUGUGUGUGACUUUCAAUCUUCUGCAAAACACAAAUUAAUUUUUAGAAGAAUAUUUCA